AUGGUGCAUUCUAAGGAUGCCUUCCUCAUGGCACGUCAACUAAUCAAGGAAGAGGGAUUGAUGAUAGGACCGUCAUCAGGCGCAGCGGUAUUUGCCGCACUAAAGCUGGCUGAAUCCUUGCCGGAAGGCAGCAAUGUUGUGGUGGUGGCAGCUGAUGGAAUUAGGAAUUAUAUGAACGAGUUCAUCGAUCAGGAGUGGCUUUUGAAAAACAAAAUUAUUGCUCACAUUGAAGAAGAAGACUACAAAGCCAAAAGAUACCUUUGA